UUUGGUUAUGCAACUCUGUUUUUGAGCUAUGUUUCAACGUACGUUAUGAUUUCUUAACAUUUGCACCCAAAAAAAACAUAGGUUAUGAUUUUGUUUGCACAGACGACAAUAUAUUUGAGUCAGACGACACAUGUUGGUAAAACGUCUUUAGUCCAUUGGUUUGACCAAAUGACUAAUUACUGAUUUUAGAUUCAAAAGGUUUAGAGUUUGUGUUCUAGAAAAUGCGAUUUUUAUAGAUUUAUAGAGACAAAAUUACAAAAAAAAACUCCGGAUGCAAAUAUAUAACCCCAAUAUAUAAUAUGUUCUGAUAAAUGCUAAAUUGAUCCCCGGAAGUAUUAAAUCAUGAGAUAUAACCCCAAUAUAUAAUAAAAGUAAAUUUUUAACGUUGAAAUUUGAUCUGACGCAUUCACCCACCAUCAAAGAAAAAAGGAAAUUCUGUAUGAUAAUGGACACUUGGGAUGCAAGUUAAAUUCAUGUUUUCCUUUUUUCGUUUCUAGACGCUCUAUAUAAUAUGAUUCACACUAUUCUAUCUCUCUAUCUCUAUUUCCAUACUUGACUUCGAGAGUGAAACCCUAAGCUACACUUGUCUUUUUUUUUUUCCAAAUUCAAUCUCUUCCACAAAUCAACAAAGGAAAGAAACAACACCAUGAUGAAAACGAUGAAGAAAAUUGCGACUGCAACACAGAAGGCUGGGGCUGAAGCGAGGCCUGUCCAGGCGAAGAAGCAAUCGGCUCCACCAAUGAGACUUUCUCAAAACCCUAAAGCCGUGAUUAAGAAACAAGUGAAGAAGCCUUGCAAGCCUGUUUCAACAAAGCCUCUAGAGGUGACGAAGAAGAAGCAGCCGAUUCCGGAAGUUUGUGGAAACCCUAAAGCUUUUCCAGCGGUGAAGAAGAACGAUAAGGAUACGUUGGAGCUGUUCGAAAAAGCCAAGAAAUCAGCUGACGUGGCCAACACGAAGGGACUUCUUGCCGCCAAAGCAGAGACAUCUAUCUGUGUGGAUACUCUCUCUUUGCUCAUCACUAUGCCAAUCAGCGCAACAGCUCCUGAAACGAGGAGGAUCACGGAGAGGCUUGGUCAUCUCACAAGGCACAAAGAUCGUAAAAUCUGCAAUUCUGCAUCGGCUCUUUUACAACAUUGGAGUCAGAGCAUCAGAGAUCAACAACACUAAGAUGCCCUC